GAUACAUUGGAACUUAUUUCCCCCCAGAAGGGACUUGUUUCACUACCUGAAUUAUUGUUCCCUAGAGGGCUGGAGAACUUAGUUGCCCUGCAGCUGCACCUGUUUGCCAAAAUAAAGAUACCUGCCCAGCACACAGAGCAGGGGUGGGGACUGACACACAUCAGAGCAAGAAAGACCCGUCAGACAGGUGUGAAGUCAGUGGAAAUCUGAUCACAGACGUGUAACCUGGGACCUUCCUUGUCGAACUGGAAACCCGUUCGGGAGCAGCAGAGAACAUGCCACCGCUAACAGAGUGAUACCUGUUAUUUGGGCCAAAUCGAGGGAAAACAGAAUAAUGAGAACCUAUGAAAAGCUGUCACUGCAUGGAGGUUUCAGUUGAUGCCUUAAGGGGUCAGCAAUGGAUGACCAACGAGUCCGACUCCCUGCACGGACCCUCCUGGAUUGUGCCAGCACUGAUCAACUGUGCAUUGUUCGAACUUACCAAUAUGAGGUUAUAGUGGUUCCAGUAUUUUUUGUUGGCAUCUCCGUGAUCCUCCUUGCCAUUAUUCUGUGGCUUCGGUAUAGACAAAAGAAACCAGAUGAAGAUGACCAGAGACAAGAAGUGCAGAGAAAGCCGAGCGUCGGUUACAUUAAUCAUGCAAUCUCUCUGGAAGAGCUGUCCAUGGAUCAGGUGCUAAGAACGAGAGAUCCCUCACUGCAAGAUUUCGAGAUAUCCAGGAGCAGAAUACGGCAACCUCUGCAGCUGGCCGGCGAAGGGCGGUUUGGGCCCAUCCACAGGACAAAGCUAAAUGACCCCAUGGGUGGGAAAGAGAGAGAUGUUGUCAUUAAACGGCUUAGAAGUUCAGGUGGAGCACAAGAGGUCCGUGAUUUCCUGCAGAGGGUGGCUUUUCAAGGAUGGUUAGGCCAGCACCCAAACAUUGUGGAGCUGCUGGGGUGCUGCCCUAACGAGAAGCCUUUCUGCAUGUUACUAGAGUACAUUGAACCGGGGUCUCUAUUGCAGUUUCUCUGGGACUGCCGCCGGGACGUCAUGUCUAUGGAUGGAAUUCUCUAUGAUCUCACCGAGUGUCAAGUUUACAUCAUAGCUCUUCAGGUCCUUUCAGCUUUAGAGUUCCUGCACCAGCGCAAACUGGUCCAUGGGGAUAUAGCAGCACGGAACAUCCUCAUUCAUCGUGACUUAACAGCUAAAUUGAUUGGACUGGGUGGAGCUUGUGAGAUGAGAAAGACUGGGACCUUCCAGUCUAGACGUCCUGCUCCCCAGAAGUGGAUGGCUCCUGAGAGGCUCCUUCACUUGCCCAUCUCUGCCAAAUCAGAUGUGUGGUCAUUUGGAAUUCUUCUUUAUGAAAUGAUAACAUUGGGGGCUCCUCCUUAUCCUGAAAUUCCCCCAAUUGACAUCCUGCAGCACUUACAGAGAGGAAACAUUAUGAAGAGGCCUUCCACCUGCAAACCAGCUUUGUACAACAUCAUGAAGACAUGUUGGAUUUGGAAGGCACCCGAAAGGCCAUCACUGCCAGAGUUGCGCAAGCGCCUGGAAGCUGGGAAGAAGGCUUCCAAUGACAAGUCGGUCCUCCAAGUCCCAGAGCAGGUGGUGGCAGAACUCUACGCUGGUGUCGCUGGGACAGAGUUUAUGAGAAUUGAGAAUGAUUACACUGUGCUGUAAUGGAAGCGCUUACACUGAGUCUGAUUGUCCUACAGGGGCAGUAGAUGAAGAGGAACCAUUUACUGUAGUCUUAAAGUUAAAUAUUGUGGACUUAAACAUAAGGCUCAUGUGCAAAUUGGAUGACUUAUACAUGAAGGAUGUUUAUGGUGGCAGUUACAGAGAGCCUGUUGGAAUAAUGUACUGGGGUAAUAUUUUUAUAUUACCCCACAGGAAGCCUUUAAAAACCAUCCGUUCAAUGUGUUGAUUAGGAACACUGGAUUACCAUACAAACUCAAGGGAGAAUUACAGAAAGGGGCCUUCAGACUAUGAAUGAGGACAUUUUGUAUGCGUCAUGCCGAGUGGCCCUUGUAUCAUGGACUGUUGUCCAUCUGUUUAUGUUGAUGUUCUUUAUGUCUUUACAUUUGUGAGAGUUCAGUUUACAGUUCAAUAAGUUUAAGAUGUCUUCCAUCCACCCUGUUUGACUGCAGAAGAAAAUGGUCUCAGCCAAUACACAUUAUCUGGGACUCCCCAAUUCAUUACUAAAUGGUAAUAUGAAAGAGCUGGUGUACUUAUGCCCAAAGCUUAAGUACAACAUCAAGUUCCUUAGUGCUUAUUUACCCAGCACUUUUGUCCAUGGCACAGUUACACUCUGCACUUCCCAACUGAUUCAAUAUUUGGUGCAAGGUGGAUCUCACAACAUCGUCCAACCAUAGGCAGUAAGUACAGGGCUCCAGAUCACUUUGCAGCCUUUAGCGUCCAAACAAAGCUCUAAUUAUAAAGCAAAUAGGGGCUGAGCAUGGGGAUGCCUAGUUGUCAAUGGCAGGCAUUCAUUGUGGAGGUAAAGGUCUAUGUGUCCAAGAUGUUAAAGGCAAAAGUGCAAAAAUGUUGGUUUGUCCCAUUUUUUGCACUUUGCAUCCUGCCAUCCUGACCAUAACGUCUCAGAAAUGCCUGGAGUAAAUCAUUAUCACAUAAUUACAUGGGGCUGAUUGACAUCUCCGCUAGAGGGAUUUAGGUAGGACAUAAAGUUGCCACCUUCCCCCCAUUUAAGCAUGUUGAGGGUUGUAUUUGUUUCAAAUCCCAUCACAAAUGCUUCUAUUAUGCAGGGAAAAAAUAUUUUUUUACUUUUAACUGACUAUUUUCUGGAAUUGCGGAUUGCAGCUCCUAUAGCUAAGCAAAUAUUUUGCAAUAUUUAUUAUGUUCAAGAAUGGGACCUGUUAUCCAGAAUGCAUGGGACCUGAGGUGUUCCGGAUUACGUAACUUUACAUAAUUUGGGUCUUCAUAUCUUAGGUCGACUAGAAAAUCAUGUAAACAUUAAAUAAACCCAGAGGUGGUUAUGCUUCCAAUAAUGAUUAAUUA